CGGUUCGAGCAGGGCAGAGCAUUACACGGUGAGAACACGUCAUGGGGAGGGAGCUGCGCCUGGAGCUGUCACACUGCAUACGGAGCUGCUGUGAGAAGGGCUAUCAGUGUGCAUUGACUCACCAGUGGCUUCGUGGCUGUCCGCGGGGAGCAUGGAUAAGCUGCGGAGGGUGCUGAGCGGCCAGGAGGACGAGGAGCAGGGGCUGACCUCGCAGGUUUUGGAUUCAUCUUCACUCAGCUUUAGCACCCGAGUAAAGUGGUUUGCAAUAUGCUUUGUUUCUGGGAUUGCAUUUUCUAUCCUUGGAAGUGUUUUACUUUGGGUUCCUGGAAAUGGAGCGAAACUCUUUGCAGUGUUCUACACACUGGGAAAUAUUGCAGCUUUAUCUAGCACAUGUUUUCUUAUGGGACCCAUGAAACAACUAAAAAAGAUGUUUGAACCAACAAGACUGAUUGCUACACUUGUUAUGCUGAUCUGUCUAAUUUGUACUUUGUGUGCUGUGUUUUGGUGGCAAAAGAAACCCCUGGCAGUUCUCUUUUGUAUUUUACAGUUCAUUGCAAUGACCUGGUAUAGCCUUUCAUACAUUCCAUUUGCAAGGGAUGCUAUUCUUAAAUGCUGCACAAGUUGUUUGAAUUAAUCUCCGUGACCAAGAUCACAGCUACAGAAGUCAAAGGAUGUAUCCUGGCAAAUGGGACAGCUUCUGUGUUUACAUUUUGUAUUCAAAUAAAUGAUAAAAAAGUGUACCUGAUUGUUCUGUACUAAACUUAAGGUAUUUUUGUCUUUUCUAACUUUUCUAAAUAUGUAGUACAGCAGGAUAGAGGAGUUAAUUUAAUUAACAUGCCAUUUACAAGUGUUCACUAGACAAACAAGACGUAUGCAUCACAUUUCUUUCUCGCACUAUUUGUAAUAAGUUGUAUAUGCAAUAAGAAAAAUGUUCUUUAAUUCAAUUGAAUUGUUGGCAUACAGGCUUGCAAAAAAUGUUUUAUUUUAUGCUCAAAUUAUAAAUUUGGAGGUUUUUUUCAAAAUGUAGAAUUUUCUGAAUUUUGAUCGUGUUUCUGUUGUAAUCUUAUUUGACUACUCAAGAAUCUACUUUCAGUGCUCAACGACUGGGCCUUCUCUAUUAGGUGUUUUCUUUGCUCCCUGCAACAUUAUAUUAUACAGCAUUAGCCCUUCUACAUCUUUAGUUAAUCACUGUUUCACUACCAGGAGGACUUUUUGUUUUGCCAGAAAAGUACAUUUAAAAAUACUACGGAUAGGGUUUAACAACAAUGUAAUGUAUAACUGGCUAUUCUAAGAUAUCUUUAAAUAAAUUAAUUUAAAUUUACA